AUGUUGAGGGUCGUUAAUCUUGAACGUUUAAAAAAGUUAUACGCAACAUUUUCAAUUCCUCAACUAUUAACAGAAUAUAGCAUCAAAGAUAAAGAAUUAGUGCCCAUACCUGUUGAUUCUAAUGUAAUAAUUACGAAUAAAGAACAUUUUACACCAUUAUGGUAUUACGAUAAUGUUGAAUUUGACAGUCGAAAUCCUGAUGAAUGGUUAAAAAAAGAUAAUAAUGGAAUCAAUUUACCGGUACCUGCGAUUGUUUACUUGCCUACUAAUUUAAAUGAAGAGUCCUCUAAAAAAUACAAUUGGAUGGAUGCUAAUAUAAUUUAUUAUAAUUCAACAUUGAAAAUGUAUUCAGUUAUUAUAUUGAAUAACAAUUCAAACAAAGUAUAUACCGGAAUACCUAGAAUACAAAUACACUUUAAAGGAGAAGAUCCUAGAGAAUUCGUAAAGAGAAUCAAAUAUGCGAUUUUAAGACGGGAGUAUGGUGAAGAUAUUUAUAAAUUAUAA